UAAAAUAAUUUACAAUUUGUUUUAUUAACAUUAAAUUUUUGUUGACAUUGUUUAAUUUUGCAUGCGAAUACACUAUUGUUGUAAUGGAGUUACACGUUGAUACACAUCUCUUAGGAAAAACCAAGAUUUCUCCAUCAAUUAUUUUAAAAACUGACAGUAUGGAGGACAAGGCGUCAUUAAAAGAAUUAGAUCAAUGGAUUGAACAACUAAAUGAAUGCAAGCAAUUGACAGAAAAUCAAGUGAAAACCCUAUGCGAUAAGGCGAAAGAGAUCUUAACGAAGGAGUCAAAUGUGCAAGAAGUAAAAUGCCCAGUGACUGUAUGCGGCGACGUGCACGGUCAGUUCCACGAUUUGAUGGAGCUGUUCCGCAUCGGCGGCCGCUCGCCCGACACCAACUACCUGUUCAUGGGUGAUUACGUGGACCGUGGCUACUACAGCGUCGAGACAGUCACAUUGCUCGUCGCCCUCAAGGUCAGAUAUCGAGAGAGAAUAACAAUUUUGCGCGGUAACCACGAAUCGCGUCAGAUCACUCAAGUAUACGGCUUCUAUGACGAGUGCCUGCGCAAAUACGGUAACGCUUCCGUAUGGAAACACUUCACGGACCUGUUCGACUUCCUGCCGCUGACGGCGCUGGUUGAUGGCCAGAUCUUCUGCCUGCACGGCGGCCUCAGCCCCUCCAUUGACACCCUCGACCACAUCCGAGCGCUCGACCGCGUGCAGGAGGUACCUCAUGAGGGACCCAUGUGUGACCUUCUCUGGAGUGACCCUGAUGAUAGAGGCGGAUGGGGCAUAUCUCCGCGUGGCGCUGGCUACACUUUCGGGCAGGACAUCUCGGAGACGUUCAACCACAGCAACGGGCUGACGCUGGUGUCUCGUGCCCAUCAGCUCGUCAUGGAGGGCUACAACUGGUGCCACGACAGGAAUGUCGUCACCAUAUUCUCAGCGCCCAAUUACUGCUACAGAUGUGGUAACCAAGCGGCCAUUAUGGAAUUGGAUGAUGCGCUUAAGUAUUCAUUCCUGCAGUUCGACCCGGCCCCGCGGCGCGGCGAGCCGCACGUGACGCGGCGGACGCCCGAUUACUUCAUGUAGGCAGCGCGCUCACGCACCGCACGCACACCCAGUCGGUGGCGCAAUCAUGGGCGAGCGUGAAGGGCGGGGCUCGAGUGCGGAUGGGGCGCUCCGCCGUCCGCUUGCUGCUCCGCCUCGCCCGCACCGCCGCCCCGCCCUCGCCUGACCAAGCCCCGUCUCCCGCGAACCCCGCCUCACAUAGCACUUUUUUAUUCCAAUGAUAAUGUCAUAUUUAUAUCGUAUUUCAUGAGCAAAUAAUUCAAUAGUAGCUCGCCUCGCUAGUUCACAAAUCACAGUUGCUUAAAUAAUGUCCUUGAUAGGAAUGCAUUCCGUUAUCCUUCAUUUUUACUUUCCUAGUCUCAAAAUACAGCUUUUAGUAUCUAUUCUAUUCUUAUAAUAUUAAAGUUUAAUAUGUCAAGUUCAAAGCAAUAAUGAUAUAAUUAUUAUGUUUGUAAGAAGAUAAUUUAAGAAAAAAAAUCUUUCCUUGAAUCGAUAAAAGUAAAUUGCAAUACGAUUCAGGUCGUUACUUUGAGACUGAAUCUAGUAACGGGGUGUAGCGAGGCGAGGGGGCGGGGCCGCGGAGUGCGGUAGGCGGGGCGUGUCGCAGGGGGCGGGGCUCAGGUUCUUGCCCGUAGCCUAAGCUCAGAUUAUGCUGGUAUGUUCAUUGCGCGACUCGACAGUGCGACACAAGUUUUUCAAAAUAUACUUAUGUUAAAACUUAUGUAUCAAAGACACUAAAGACCUCAUUAAACUGCGUACAUUUGCUAAAACGUUGGUUUUAUUUAAUUCUCCGUCGAAUGGACAUACCACCAUAAUGGUGGGAAGGCUCCGCGCGUCGCUUCCUUACGGAAUAUUUUUUCAUAUAUAAAAUGUAGAU